AUGGCCAUUCCUGAAAAUCUUAUUGAACUAAAUUCACAAGAAGAAUUAGAGAAACUUGUCAACGCGAACAAAAGUUCCGUUGUUGUUCUUGACUUUUGGGCUUCUUUUGUGCCGGCAUGCAACCAAAUGAACGAUGUGUUUGUUGAACUAGCUAGGAAACACACCGCUUUGAAAUUUGUUAAAAUCGAAGCAGAAAAAUUUCCAGAAGUAUCAGAGUCUUUGGAAAUUGUUGCUGUGCCAGUGUUUGUAGUGCUUAAAAAUGGAAAAUCUGCAGCACGUGUUGAAGGAGCAAAUGCGCCAAAGCUUUCUGAAGUGGUAGAAAAGUAUUCUAAAAUUGCUGAAUCGACGACUACAUUGUUUACUGGACAAUCUACAUCUAAAGCAGCAGAUUCAUCGACAUCAUCUACAGCAACAAGUAAAGGUGAUUUGAAUACUCGACUAAAGACUUUGAUUAAUAGUGCGCCUGUGCUAGUGUUUAUUAAGGGAACACCAAGUCAACCACGUUGCGGAUUCUCCAGACAAAUUAUUGAUAUUCUUAAUGAGAAUAAAGUCAAAUUUAGUUCAUUUAAUAUUUUGGCUGAUGAAGAAAUAAGACAAGGUUUAAAAACAUACUCCAAUUGGCCCACAUACCCACAACUCUACGUGAACGGUGAAUUAGUGGGUGGAUUAGAUAUCGUAAAAGAAUUAGUGGCAUUGGGGGAAUUUCAGUCAAUGGUUCCAAAGGAAAAAGAUUUAAAUGAACGCUUACAAGAGUUAACGACACAUGCUGAUGUGGUGGUAUUCAUAAAGGGUGUACCUAAUGCACCGCGUUGUGGAUUUUCAAAGCAACUCGUAAAUAUUCUUGAUCAAAAGAAUAUAAAAUACGAACAUUUUGAUAUACUGACAGACGAGGAAGUACGCCAAGGAUUAAAAACUUUUGCAAAUUGGCCCACCUACCCAAUGGUAUUUCAUAAAGGCGAGUUGAUUGGUGGUCUAGAUAUUAUCAAAGAAUUGGAUGAUACUGGGGAAUUACCAAAAAUGACAGGCACUCUCAUUUUAGCUUCGCUUGGUGUUGUACUAAACUUUAUCAAUGCCUGGAGAUUUUCGGGCAUGGCUAGUGAACGGCUUGGUACUGUUUACUCAGCCUUGGCUACUUAUUAUCUAGUGAUAAGUGUUAUUUGUGCUGUUGGUUUUAUCGGUGUAUCGAAGAAAAAAAUCAAUUAUGUCAGACUAUUUGCAUACUAUUAUUGGUGCGAACUUUUUUUAGGAUUUAUACUUUCGAUUGUAUUCUCAGUGUUGGCCUUCCACUUCGAUAAAGAUAUCUGUCAAAAGGUGAUUGAGCAGCCAGAUGUUGAUAUCGAUUUCGAUACUUGUAUGAAAAUGUACGUUCAGACUGUUUCGUCUCUGAUCAUCUUGUUGGGAUUAACUUGCUUGAUUGAGUUCCAUUUCUGUCUCGCUGUCUGGGCCUAUUAUCAGACCCUUCGCGCCGAAUGUGGCGAUCUUUCUGCAGUUGCCAACGUUUAUUAUUCAUCAAUUCCUGCAUACGCUGUUAUUCCCCCUCCUUCGUAUGAUUCAAUUCCAGCCGCGACGGCAAAACGUCCUCCUCCAAGUGAUUGA